AGUGCGAUGAAGCGUGUGCCCCUAGCCCUUUCAUGAAUUUGGCACUGCACGUUCGCUCGAAUAAAAGCCCAGGUCAGCUGGCGAUGCGACGUAGUUUUUGGAACAUUACGAGAGCUCACGUCUAGCUUGCUAGCGGGAAAAUCAAGAACUUGUUCUUAUUUUCGUUUUCAGUAUUAAGAGCUGGUAUUUGAAUUUUUGUGAAAUAUAAUAUUCCCAUCUACCAACUUUUAGACUGAGAACAAUAAUGGCGUUAUCUGUCUGUCGUCUGUUCACCCGCUCACGGGCCAGCUCUCGCGAUGAGAACGGUCCUCUCUCCUCAAUCGCAAAAGGCUUCAAGUCAGAAUUCCUUGGAAAGAUGCUUGGCACGUUUCCAGGGUACCUCAUCCAAGCUCUACGAAUCUCCUACACCAGAGUCCAAGCCAGUUAGUCGCUUCCCUAUACCAGAGCGAGAGACACUGCCAGAGGACAUUCAGAGAAUCAUGAAGGAGGUUGAGAAACAGAGUGGCUUCCUUCCCAACAUCUUCAAGAUAAUGUCAUAUGACCCUACCUCGUUUAAGUACUUCUUUGGCUACUACGACCACCUUAUAUCGGACCGAGGCAAUCUGACGAAGGAGGACAAAUCAUUUAUCAGCCUGGCCGUCAGUACAGAAAACAAGUGUAUCUACUGCACAGUUUCUCAUAGAAUGGUCUUUAGGCUCAACACCAAUGAUCCAGUACUAACUGAUCAGAUGACGGUGAAUUGGGAAACAGCUGACGUGACUGACAGACAGAGAGCCAUUCUAGAAAUGGCCAUGGCAGUCACCAAGAACGAACCAAUCACAGAUGAACAUUUUACUAACCUGGAGCGGCACGGUCUUGACCAACGUGAUGCCUUUGACAUUGGCCAUUAUGCUGCUUUCUUUGCUCUGGCCAACAGGCUCGCUAUCUUCACUAAACUAAGACCAAAUGAUGAGUUCUCAGAAUAGUAAUGUGUAACCCAAGACUCAGCAGUGAUCACUAAGGAACAGGAGAUACAUAUCUGUAACGUGAUACCAGACCAGGUACUCUUAGGAAUCCAGGACCAAAUUGCCUUCUGGGCUCCAUGUCUUACAACGGGGCUGCAACAAGAUAUCCAAGCUACAUGUACUGCCAUAUGAUGUUGAAUACGGUGUUAAAGAGGUUGAUAGACUCCUGAUUGCCUAUAUUAGCCAUAAUAUACAAUCUGUUGAAAUGAGAAUUUCUUGUAGGAGGGGGGAUAAAAUAACUAAGCUAGAUGUAAUGUGUUAGCUGCUGAAUGCUCUGUUUUAACUCAGAAUUACAAACUGCCUUCUGAAAUGAAUGAUUUAUUAAAAGAAAGGAUAUAUACAUAGUUUAACAAUAUAAAUUGCCAUUAUUGAUUGUACCUUACAAGAAGUAUGAAAUUUGGUAGUCAAUAGAAAAGUACAACAGCUCUGUAAAUCAAAUAGUAUUCUUUAAAUACC